UUUCAGAUUACAGCAAAAGCAGCUGUCAUUUUUGUUACACUUCAGUAUAAUGUUACCAUUCCUGCCACAGAAGAACAGUCUGCAGAAACAAUCUCUCUCUAUCACUAUGGCAUCAAAGACUUGGCUACGAUUUUCUUUUACAUGCUUGUAGCAAUAAUCAUACAUGCUAUAAUUCAGGAGUACAUACUGGAUAAAAUUAACAGGAAAAUGCACUUUUCAAAAACAAAGCAUAGCAAAUUCAAUGAAUCUGGGCAACUUAGUGCAUUCUACCUUCUCUCCUGUGUUUGGGGAACAAGUAUUCUUGUCUCUGAGAACUAUAUAUCAGAUCCAACCUCUCUGUGGAGGGACUAUCCGCACACUCUGAUUCCGUUUCAAAUGAAGUUUUUCUACAUCUUACAGUUGGCAUACUGGUUUCAUGCUUUUCCAGAAUUGUACUUCCAGAAAACUAAAAAAGAAGAUAUCUUUCGCCAGAUUGUCUACAUCGGACUUUAUCUCUUUCAUAUUGCUGGAGCUUAUCUCCUGAAUCUGACCCAUCUUGGACUUGUUCUUCUGGUAUUGCAUUACUUCGUUGAAUUUCUUUUCCAUAUAUCCCGUCUUUUCUACUUCAGUGAUGAAAGAUACCAGAAAGGAUUUUCACUGUGGGCAGUUCUUUUUGUUUUGGGAAGGCUUCUCACCUUGAUUCUCUCAGUCCUCACUUUUGGCUUUGGACUGGCAAGAGCAGAAGAUCAGCAGCUGAAUUUCAGUACUGGAAACUUUAAUAUCCUGGCUGUUAGAAUCAGUGUGCUGGCCUCCAUCUGCAUGACUCAGGCAUUUAUGAUGUGGAAGUUCAUUAAUUUCCAGCUUCGGAGGUGGAGAGAGCAUUCUUCUUCUCAGCCUCAGUCAGUGAAAAAGAAGUUCAUAACAGCUAAAGGAAAGACCUCCAGAAAAGAAAGAGAAAAUGGAAUAAAUGGAACAGUGACCUCAAAUGGAGCAGACUCGCCUCGUAGCAGGAAGGAUAAAUCCUCGUAAAACUGGGUUUUAUUAAGUUAAAUGACUAAUGUCCCCAAAGAAUCUGCUUUUUACAUGGAUGGCCCUUCAGCACUAGAGAUGUUAUGGAUUAAAGAAAUUACAAUUCAUGUUUUUUGAUUAUUGCUGUUGUUUUGAGAAACUUUUUUUAAAAGCCAUUUUGACUAAGGAAAAAGGUUUAUCUGUCUUCAAAUAUUUUGGGGGGGGGAAUACAACACUUUUUAAAUAACAUUGACACUUUUUUAAACAUUUAUUGUGAUGAAAUAACUUCACUUAAUGAGGAUCACUGUUGCAACAUAUUUCCUUCCAGUUUUUGUAAUCUUGGUGAGAUAUACUGUUCUACCAACUUUUUCCAAGUUCUUCAAGAAGUAUUGCAAAAUUGAAGUAAAAACUUAAUAUGCAUUUUCAGAUACUCUGGCUUUUCAGUUAAUUACCUUGAUUCAAAUUUACAGUUCAAAUUGGGAUUUCGAGACCACACCAGUAAACCUCUUCAUUUUGUAGUUACUAGCUACACGAUGUCUGCUCUAAGAAUUGCCCCAUAUCAUUAAAACAAAACUGAACU